GCGCAAUUUACAACUGAUGACGGUGUAGCUGAAUAAAUUGUGAUCCCAGUUUCCGACCUAGAUUGUCAUAAUCUGAGGCUUGUUAUUUCUGGUUGUUUUUUAUUGCUAAUUUUUAUAAAUGGUUUAAAAAAAUCAAGGGAUGUCAAGUUAGUUACCAAAUAUAUCGCAACAUGUUCCCGAUAGAUUCUUGCCAAAAAAGAUAUCGUCGAAUACUUCAACGCAAAAAAGAAAGGCGAAAACAGGAAAAAGUUCGCAGGAAGAUAGCUUCGCGCAAUAAAAUAAGGGAAGAUAUAGAACUAAACCGUUAUCACAGCAAAAAGUUCCUGAAAAACGAGGUCUCCAACAGAUUGCAGAUCGCACUGUAUGAAGGAAUAAGGAUCUACAUAGAUUGUUCUUAUGAAGCUCUUAUGUCUCCUAAAGAAUGUAAUAAAUUCGCUCAACAACUAUGUCGUCUUUAUGGCGCAAACAAAAAAGCAACGAAGCCCUUAAGCAUCAACCUUGUGAAUUUUUCACAACAUGGACCUUUGUUCCAUGCUUGCCAGUCCAAAUGUGAUGGAUUCCUAAAGUAUAAGGGACGAAGCCGACAAGAAGCUGAGAAUCAGGGUUACCGUGCCGUGCGACUCCCAAUUGAAGAGUUUACAUCUGGAAAAAUAUCUAACCCUGUGUUAGCGAUAAAUCAUGUCAUCGAUAUAAUGUUAGCAUACAUGGCAAAUGGUGGCGACUGGAAGGAGGCCUUAUAUUCUAAAUUGCCCGGACGAUUUUUGAGAUAAUACAUAUAUAUGUGAAAUUUUGUUAUAACUUAUGAAGAAAUACAAGAAGCUCUAUAAUAAAAAAACCAUGUGACUUCAGAAA